AUGCAAGAACAGAGUGUGAGCCAGUUAUAUACAGUCAUUAAGGACUUUAAAGCCCGUCUCGGCGAUGAACUUACCAUCAACAAAGGUGAUGCAAUUGAACUUAUAAGCGAUGAUCGUGAAUACGGUGAUGGUUGGUAUAUGGGUAAAAAUUUGCGGACGGGUAAGGUUGGCCUCUAUCCUAAAGUGUUUACGAGAGAAAAAACAACAAACGGCACUGUAAACAGGCCGUCACUUCUUCGCUCACGUUCAAGGAGAUUUACGCCUCAAGGAAAUUCUCCACUGCAAAAUCAGCCAGAACAUUUAACUGGUGUUCCAGAGGAGAGCUUACUACAUCAGAUACCGUCAAAACAGCAGCAAUCACUUACCACCAUUUCACAAAAUUCAAACAACUCAAAAGAUUCACACGUGUCCGAAUUUACUCGGAAGAUUAGGGAUUUAGAGAGGCGAACACAAUUGGAGUCUCAAAAAGAGUUUUCGGGAGGUAGUGGUAAUCACUUAAACUCUAAAGCCAAUGGAUCGCGAGAUGUAGCCAGCGUUUACACAUCCGUUCAUAAGGCUUUGAAUGAUAUUGAUAAAGCACUGGCUGAACUGAAUAUUGAUGGAGAUGCUCAUCCGGAUUCACAAGAAAAUCUUGGGAAUUUAUCAAGUCAAGAUGCCAAUUCGCCUUUACCUUUGAACCCAGAGGAAGUUGAAAAUUGGUCACCAGAAGAUGUCUCUAGGUGGUUCUUGGACCUAGGAUUUGAUUCACUGUCAGCAGGUCAAUUUGCAACACAUAAAAUAAAUGGAGAGAUUCUUAUACAGAUGGAAUUGGCUUAUUUAAAAGAGCUUGACAUAACAUCGUUUGGAACGAGGUUUGAGAUGUAUAAGGAAAUAGAAGAACUUCGACUUCAGGCUAAAAAAAGGAGGUCAAGUAUUGCACCUAAUCACCCUGAUACAGAACAAAACAUACCAGCAAGUAUGGUGGAGACUCAACAAUCUUUUACGAAUACGUCCCCAUCAAAUUCUCGCGCAAGAGAAUUUCUGUCAGGUUUUAGUGAAUCAACUCCUACCGAAAUUCAGCGGUCGUCCGGAUUUGCUAGUACGCCUGCUUUGAGAAUGGAUGGCAGUCGAGCGUCAUCACUUAUAUCGCAACCUAGAACACCAUUACCACGAUCAGAAAGUCAACCUGUUGGAGGGUUUCAACCUAAGAAGCAAUCAGAAUACAAGAGUCGGUUGGAUCCACGGAAUGGAUCGGAUAUCUAUUUGUCUGGUGUUGGAAUGAGUUCAUCGUCACUUGAUCUUGUUCAACCUGGUCAUGUUAGAACUGGAUCAUUUGGUCAGACUUCAUCAAUUUAUGAUGAUGCCAACGAUAAUACCGAGAGGGAUACUGGUAUGAGUAAGGAUACAUAUGGAACUUCUGAUUCUGAAAUAGAGAGCUCUUCCAGCUUUUCAUUUGCACCUUCAUCAUCCAAGAAAGAACAAAGUGCGCCGCAUGAAAAUUCGUUACAACAAGAUCCACAAAACGAUCCAGAAAUGCAGAACACGAAACAGCAAGAAACUUUUGCAAAUGAUCGAAUACAGAAUGAAAGACGUACAGUUUCCGCCAAAGAGCAUAGUUCACGGGAUCUUCAAAAGGACCGUGAACCAGCAGGUAAAAGAAUUAUGUCAGCCACCGCUGCCCUCAGAUCCCUCACCCAGUACAGGUCAUCUAAAAUGAAGACGUCCGCCUUUCAGGAGGGAAUUCGCCAAAUUACACCUGAUAGUGCUGCUAAGAAAGCUGAAUGCUCUGGAUGGAUGUUUAAAAGAGGAAAUUUGUCAAUUGGAUCCUGGAAACAGCGCUUUUUUGUUUUAAACAAGACACGCUUAGCUUACUUUGCAAGUAUGAAGGAUAAAAGAGAGAAGGGCCUGAUUGAUAUCACGUCUCAUAAGGUUUUACCUGCCAUAGAAUCAGAGGACAAAGUUACGGCUGCUUUUGCUGCAACUGCUGGUUUUGGCAGAUAUUGCUUUAAACUUGUUCCUCCGGCCCCAGGCAGCAGGAAGGGAUUAACAUUCACCCAACAAAAGGUUCAUUACUUUGCAGUUGAUAGUAAAGAUGAGAUGCGCAAGUGGAUGGCAGCAUUAAUGAAGGCUACCAUUGAAAUGGAUGAUACUGUUCCGGUAAUAUCGUCUUGUAUGACACCUACAAUUCCACUUCAAAGGGCACAAGAGCUACUUCAAGAAGCUCGAAAGAAUGCUAACACAAAUAUUGAAAUAAUGAAAAAGAUGAAGGAAAGGGAAAAAGGAAGCUUGUUUGGUGGUGAUGGAAGUAACUCCCAGCAAAAUGCGAGUACUGAUUCGGGAUCCGUACAACAUAGUUUUCAAAAUAGUGGAACUUCAUCUGGUUCAGCGGUGACAACACCUACGAGUGAUGCAAAAAGUUCCAAACGUGCAACGUCAACAAAUGGAAUGUCUACUCCUUACUUGUUAACAUCGGGGCUUAUGUCUCCCAAUGCGACAAGUGGAGUAAACAACGAAUCGCCUCAAAGGCCUCCUCCAAUAAUUACUAAAUUAGAUAAUGAUAUGGACUUGUCGUCACCUGGAUCACCAGAAGAAUCAACACCACAUAGUUCAACUUCAUUAAAAAAUGCAAUGGAUGCUGUUGGGAGGCGCGUGAUGUCUUUAAGACGGAGUUCAAAAUAA